AUGAAUAAAUUAAAAGAUAAAAAAAAAGGCUCCGAAAAUCCAGAGUAUCCUCCAAAAAAAGAAAAAGGGGAAGUACACACAAAAAGAAGCAGCAACAAUAGCAACAGCUGCAGCAAUAACAGCGUCGGCAACAGCAGCAGCGGAAAUUGUUUUGUGAAGACGAGCAAAAAUGGAACUGCUGGGGAGGGGGACAACAUAAUUAAUAAAAUAAAGGAACUGAAUUUAGUUUUGCUCCAAAAUAAAGAUAUAAUAGAUAGCCUUCGACAAGAGAACGAGUCCUUUUCCUCCCAGAUCGCCAACUUUGUGAAAAAAUGCAAAGAACUGCAGUGCAUAUGUAGCGAGAGGGAAAAGGACAUCGCCAAAUUAAAGCAGAAUGAAAAAUGUCUCGUGCUGGAAAUAAGCAAACGGAAAAAGGAAAAGGGCGAACUGGAGGAUAAAAUAAACGAACUAGAACAUGAAGGAACAAGAAAAAGUGCACACAUCUCUCAAGUGGAAUGCGAAAAAAAUAAUUUAAUGAAAGAGGUACAUGAGAGAGACAAACAAAUAAAUGCUCUUCAAGGAAGCAUAAAACAACUGCAAGGACAAAUCACACUUAUUCGCAACGAAAAUGCAAAAAAUAAACAAGACGUAACGAAUAAUUUAAAAAAACAAGACGAAAUAAAUGAACAUAUAAACUGCAAGGACAACAAAAUUACGAUACUGGAAGAGAAGACGCAAAAAUUGAACAAAAUCAUAAGGGACAAAAUAGAAGAAAAUGAAAAUUGUAAAAAAAAAAUACAACAGCAGAAUGCAAAAAUAGCCCACCUCAGUGAUAAAAUCCAAAAUUUACAGAAGGAACAAAAAAAUAAUGAAGAAAAAAUAAAAAAAUAUAUUGAUAACAUUAAAAGUUUAAAAAAAAAUAAUCAUAAGAUGGAUGAAAGGAGUAUGGAAAGCCAACUGGAGGAACAGCGGAAGGAGCUUGAGGAUACCAUAUUUAACUCCCAAGUUUAUAAAUUGAGCAAACAAAUGGGUACGCGCAAAAAAAGUGCCAACCCUUCGAAUGUAGACAAAAGUGCAAAAGGUGUAAAAGAUGUAAAAGGCGUAAAAAGCGAAAAAAGCGUAAAAAGCAUAAAAAGCGUAAAAAGCGUAAAAAGCGUAAAAAGCGUAAAAAGCGAAAAAGGCGCAAAUGAGGGGGCAACUAGCCAGAUGCUUUCCCUCAAUAAGCGUAGUCAUAAAAACCCUCAUAACAGCAACAGCAGCGCAAGCAGUAGCUGUGGAGAAAGCAGCGAUGGAGAAAUCGUCAGCUUUUCCAAGAAAUACAAUUUAAGUAAAAAUAUGAACAAGGCAAAGGAAGACACAACAAGGGAAAGAAAGAAAUAA